ACCAGGCUUUGAGACAGAAAACCACAAACAGAGAACAGACGCAGAGAAGGUCAGCUUGUUUUCAGUUUUUCUCUUCAACUUUUAAAUUUAAUGUGUGUUUCUUUUAUCGACUCUCUUGUGUUUUUUUCACAGAUGCUUUGCUCCAGGUGUGUGCUCCCUUUCUUGGCUCUCUACUUUAUCCUUGAAGAGAUUUCUGCUGCUGUGCUUCCCAGAAGAAACAAAAGGGUACGUCACAUUCUGAACACAACCUAUUUUUUAAAAUCUUUUUACUGUAUAUUUAUUAGUGUUUCUCUACUCUCAGGAUGUGAGCUGGUUGGAUCAAGAUCUGUUCCACCGCCUGCCUGAGCGCAUGGACGAAGGGGACCUCUCUGUGGGUGACGCCGGGGAGAUGAGCCGAGACUUGGAUAGCCGUACAUCUCAUUCAGAGACCGUUAUCGUGCCAACAGAGAACCUGUCGAUCCAGCGCCAGAACCAGCAGUACCAGUACAACCGCAAGGGGAAUGAAAAGAGGUGAGAACCACAUUACAGAAACUCUGUCUGAUGAAUUUUGUCAGUGUGUUUAAUUAAACAAAUACAGAAAUAAGUGUUUUUUUUAAUAACAUAUGGGUUGUUGGAUUUUUUUGUGGGUUAUUUAUACCAUUUGUUUGGUUUACGUUGUUUUGGGAAUGUUGGAUGCUGAAUAUUAUGUGUAUUUUUUUUUUAAUUUGAGCCACUGUACAUUAAAAUUAAUUCAUGUUUUUUUAUUUUUUCCUUCUUUAUUGUGUUUACAGGAGGAAGGUUGCUCCUCUGGAUCCCAUUGGCAGCUUUAAGAUGUCCAGCUCCAGACAAAGAAAAGUGAGUUACAAAGAAUUUUAACUAUAACAACUGCUAAAAAUGCAUUAAAAUUAAAUUCAAAAACAGUCGAGUAAAUGUAUUUUUAAAAUUGAUAUUUUAAGAGUUUAAUUUAGAUGAUUGAAAUUGCAAUUUUGGGAACAUUAACUGUUGUGUCCUUGGCAAAUAACAACACAUUUGUUUCGUGUUGUUGCAGGAUGAACCCGACAGCGACUGGGAAAAUUUCAUGGAAUAGACAAACUCCACAACAGAGCGCUUCAUUUUUUAAUAUGUCACUUUUUAUCUUUGUUAUUUAACAUUAUAUUUAUUCAUUAACUCCUAUUUAACUCGCUGCUGUACUUACAAGUGAGAUGUUAUUGACUGGCUCCCUCUAGUGGUGGAAGACUGUAACAUGACAAACACUGCUGUGUGCAAAAAAUCUAAAUAAAUGUUUCAAAAAUAAAAAGUUUCAAGUGUUUUUAUUCCCUCAAACAAUAAAGGAUGGAAUUAAAAUGC